AUGGCUUCGCUCGGAGGUGCUGGCGGUUUGGCAGGCGCCAUCGACCCAAUGCUUGCGUAUCGAGCCAAGAGGGAUAGAGAACGCCGAACCGUACUGAAGACUUACAAAAUCCUGGGUUUCAUCUCUUCUGGGACCUAUGGCCGGGUCUACAAAGCCGUCCUCCUCCCUCCCCCCAAACCCAAAUCUAUCCCUCAACAACGCAUCAACCCCUCCUCCACCUCCGCCUCGGCCUCGGGACCCGUCUCGCCCAAUCUCCCUCUCUCUCUUUCUGCGGUAGGUCCGGGGUAUAUGGACCCCCUACAUAAUCCCGAAAUGUGUAUGCGGCCGGGGGAUCUGCCGGCGAAGGAAGGGGAGGUGUUUGCGAUCAAGAAAUUUAAGCCGGAUAAGGAGGGGGAUGUGAUGACUUAUGCGGGGAUCAGCCAGAGUGGGGCAAGGGAGAUCAUGCUGAAUCGAGAGAUGCAUCAUCGGAAUCUAGUCGCUCUGCGUGAGGUUAUCCUGGAAGAUAAAGCGAUCUACAUGGUCUUUGAAUACGCCGAGCAUGACUUCCUGCAAAUCAUCCACCAUCACUCCCAAACCAUCCGCACCCCUCUCCCCACCCCCACGCUCCGCCGGCUCCUGCAUCAACUCCUGUGCGGCGUCCACUUCCUCCACUCCAAUUUCUGCCUACACCGCGACCUCAAACCCGCCAACAUCCUCGUCACUUCCGCUGGGGUCGUCAAGAUCGGAGAUCUGGGUUUGGCGCGGUUAUGGCACAAGCCGCUUGCGCAGGGGGGUCUGUUUGGGGGUGAUAAGGUCGUUGUGACGAUUUGGUAUCGUGCGCCGGAGCUUAUAUUGGGAGCGAAGCAUUACACGGCCGCUAUUGAUAUGUGGGCUGUGGGAUGUAUCUACGCCGAAUUGCUAUCGUUACGACCGAUCUUCAAGGGGGACGAGGCGAAGCUGGAUAGUAAGAAGACACUGCCGUUUCAGCGAGAUCAGAUGGGUAAGAUCUGUGAGGUCCUAGGUCCGGUCAAACCGGAUGUAUGGCCCGGUAUCACCCAUAUGCCAGAGUACAAGACUUAUCUCAACUCUGGACCCUAUCCCACUCCUCACCCACUUCCGAGCUGGUACUCGUCCCGCUCCAGCUCAGCGACGGGGUAUGAGCUCCUCUGUAAGAUGUUUGAAUGGGAUCCCGCACGGCGGAUCACGGCGAGAGAAGCGCUCGGGCAUGGAUGGUUUCUAGAUGAGGGCGGGGUAGAUGUCAAAAGCGUGUUUGAUGGUAGUACGAUCAGCUACCCCCAAAGACGGGUCACGCAUGAGGAUAACGGGGACGCCAAGAUGGGAUCAUUACCGCCAUCUCUGGCGAAUCCACGACUUCCCGGGAGCAGCAACUAUCGCCCAGCAAGCGUAUCACUCGCGGCUGCAGCGGCAAAGAGGACCAAGCUGAGAUGA